AACAAACUAAAUAUAUAUUUACCGAGAUAUCGAAUCCGAAUGAAGAGAUUAUGAAACAACCAGAGAACUGAGAGAGAGAGAUUGUGCGCGCACUGCCCUUGGGUGUCUUCAUUUUCAUCCCCAAACUCUCUGAUUACUCAAAAAAAAAACAAAACGAAGAACAGAUAAAAUUUGUGAAGAUGCAGGCGAACAUUUGGAGCAUGAUGACAACAGUCAGGCCUGCAGUUGUCAAACGUGUCGUCAACCCCACGAUAUCGAUAAUGCAGCAAAGAAGAUAUACCAGUUCUAUCGAUGCUGAUGUUGUGGUGAUUGGGGCUGGACCUGGAGGAUAUGUAGCUGCUAUCAAAGCUGCUCAACUUGGAAUGAAUACAGUCUGCAUCGAGAAAAAUCCAACUCUUGGAGGAACUUGUCUCAAUGUUGGAUGCAUCCCCUCCAAAUCACUCCUCAAUAACUCACAUUAUUAUCACAUGGCACACAGUGGAGACUUGCAAAAUCGAGGGAUCGUUGUUGAAAACGUGAAAUUGAAUCUUGACAAGCUCCUGGAGCAGAAGGACAACGUGGUGAAGGCACUGACCGGAGGAAUCGCUGGGUUAUUCAAGAAAAAUAACGUCAAGUGGGUGAAGGGUCAUGGGAAGAUAACAGGGAAGAAUCAAGUGAGUGCUCUUGGAGCUGAUGGAUCCGUGGAUACCACCAUCAACACCAAGAAUAUCAUCAUUGCCACUGGCAGCGAGGUAACUCCUUUCGCUGGGAUUGAGGUGGAUGAGAAGACAAUUGUUUCCUCAACAGGUGCUCUUUCCUUGAAUCCUGUCCCCAAGAGGCUCAUCGUCAUUGGGGCUGGGGUUAUUGGACUGGAAUUGGGAUCAGUGUGGCAGAGGCUGGGAUCAGAGGUCACAGCUGUUGAGUUCAUGCCAUCGAUAGGAGGUGCAGGAAUCGAUGGUGAAGUCAGCAAAACACUCCAGAAGGUCCUCGCAAAACAGGGACUUAGCUUCAAACUUGGGAAUAAGGUGACAGCAGCUGAGAGAACCAGUGAUGGAAUUAAUGUGACGAUUGAGGACGCCAAGGAUCCCAGCAAGAAGGAGACCCUGGGGUGUGAUGUCCUGUUGGUCUGCGUGGGCAGGCGGCCAUAUACUCAGAACUUGGGACUCGAGGAUUUGGGAAUUGAGAGGGAUGAAAAGGGCAGAGUUCCAGUCAACAACAGAUUUCAGACAGUGGUACCCAAUAUUUAUGCAAUUGGUGAUUGCAUUCAUGGGCCCAUGUUGGCUCACAAGGCCGAGGACGAGGGAAUUAUCACAGUAGAAGGCAUCGCCGGUGGUGCUGUUCACAUCGACUACAACUGCGUUCCGAGUGUCGUUUACACCCACCCAGAAGUUGGUUGGGUAGGGAAGACAGAGGAAGACCUCAAGAAGGAGGGAAUUGACUACAAAGUAGGUAAAUUCCCCUUCAUGGCCAACUCCAGAGCCAAAACAAACCUCGAGACCGAUGGUUUCUGCAAAGUCCUGGCCUGCAGUAACACCGACAAAAUCCUGGGUGUUCACAUGAUUGGACCAGCUGCUGGUGAGCUCAUUAAUGAGGCUGUACUUGCGAUGGAGUAUGGGGCAAGUGCCGAGGACGUCGCCAGAGUCUGUCAUGCACAUCCCACAUGCUCUGAAGCCCUCAGAGAAGCUCAUCUCGCUGCCUACUUCGGCAAACCCAUCAACUUCUAAUUGAUGUCAUCAAAAACCGAACGAAACGAAAGACAAACUUGUCUUUUACUUCGCUUUUAACCCCUAGUCUAAAGACGAGAGUGAUGAGCAGAAAUGGAAGAGUAAGUCAGGCACUAUUUAAAAAAUUCAAUGAACACUGCACUUUCGCUCAAACCCGUGAGAUUGGUGGGUUGUAAAUAAUUGAAAUAAUGAGAGAAUCGUUAUUGUACGAUUGGUUAAUUGUAUUUAUUAAAAAUAAAUUGGUUGAACCACA